AUGAAAACGACGUGCAUUGUCCUAUUGACUCUGUUGGGAUGGUCUCAGCCAUGGAGAGUCUACGGCCUUGACGGCAAACAUAUCCUACAACGGCAGGAUACCCAGAAUGCGAACCUUCCAACGCUGACGACAGAAGCCCCAAGCUCGACGACGAACCAAGCUACCUCUGCGAUCAGCCCUUCAAACGGCGAUGCCUUGACUUCCAUCGACGGCCCAAGGUCGUCGGGGCAGGGACCGUCUCCCACAUCGACCGACAAAACCAAGGUCGUAACCUCUGUUUCAUCGACUACAUCUUCCGCCAAUGCGUACAAUACGGCCCCAGCCACAGUGGACAAGCAUCAAGAUAAAUUGCCGCUUAAUCCAGAGAUCAGUCCUGUGUUUGGGACUGCUGGAGUUUUGCUUAUCCUUUUGGGCGCCGUGUAUGCUUUGAUAGGAGUCAAAAGCAAAUGGGUCCAGAUCUUCCUAUCUUCGGGCUUCAUUGCCAGUAUCGCAACAACAGCUCUAAUAGUCUACGUGAUGGACCCUCCGGUCAGGGCCGCCAUUCAGGGGGGUUACUUUGUGGCGAUUGUCAUGACAGGAGUCAUCUUCGGCGCAGGAUCCCUGGUCUUCAAGGAGUUCACUGGGGGCUUUGGCUGUCUCCUGGGAGGGUUCUGCUUCAGUAUGUGGCUUCUCACUUUGAGAUCAGGUGGACUCGUCAGGAGCUCUGGCGGAAAGGGCGUCUUCAUCGGUGUGUUCUGCCUUGCCGCCUGGGCACUGUCGUGGACCCAUUAUACUCGAACCUAUGGAUUGAUUGUGUUAACAUCUUUUGGGGGCGCCACUGCCUUUAUGCUUGGUAUCGACUGCUUCUCAAGGGCUGGCAUGAAGGAGUUCUGGGUCUAUAUCUUGAGACUCAACGGCGACUUAUUUCCGCUGAACACCAACACCUAUCCUCAAACGCGAGGCAUCCGUGUCGAAAUCGCCAUCGUUGUUAUUGGCACCAUCAUCGGUCUCUUGUCACAGAUCAAACUCUGGAGAGUGAUCCGGUCCAACCAAAGGGAAAUAGAAGUGAUGCACAAUGAAGAGGAGCUUCAGAACGACGAAAUUGAGACUGCCUUGGGUCGACACCUGCAGCUCCAGAACGAGCGAGAAACGUCCGUGUGGGAACGGCAUUACGGUGAUAGGCGUCAGAGCCCGCGAAAGACAAUGCUAUGGCAGCAUGCACAUCCCGAGAAGCACUAUUCACAUGUCUCUGUCCUCGCGGUCCCACCAGGAGCAUCGUCGCCACCUGAUAACCUGGAGAUGAAUGUCCUUGAGCGGAGAAGUUCUUCAUCCUACGGAUCAAAGCACAAACGUCAAAACUCGAUCACUGCGGAGGUGAUUGUGGAGGUGGAGGAGGACUCUGAAGAGGAAGGUGCAAGCGAACAACGGGAAAAACUCGAAGCACUUGAAGAAAGCCAAACUCGCGAUGACUGGCAUGAGAACAAACAAUCCCUUGCUGAAAUGAAGGCAAUGAGCGACGCCGAUGUCGACCACGAAACAACCAGUGAUGCUGAACAGAGCGAAGUAGACGGUACCCCAAAGCUCGUGCGACGGCCUCAUUCAGCAUUUUCUGGUCUCACCAAACGCCUCAGCCCAGGUACCGUUGUUGCUUCGGAGUCGCGAGAACACCUCCUUGCCGUGGAGAGGCCCUACAGCCGAGCGUCGUCUGCAGCGGCGACGCUUGACACGGACAAUGAAGAGUUGAAUAUGCGUAUGCUUGAUGGUGACGCCGAUACCACUACUCCUUGCACAUGGCCAGAGAUUGUUAUAUCGCCAGCCACGCCGAGUCGACAUAUGGUCCGCAAAAGGGAUCCAACUAAUGGAAAGACUACCAGGGAAGAAGCACACGCAUCCUCAAACAGCUCUGAGAAAGCAGCAGACGUAUCUCCCGUCGUUCAAUCCCGCUCGGUGUCCAUUCCCGCAAGUUCGCCCGGUGAUACCGGGAGCGGAAUGCCCCCGAGCAGAACAACGAAGAUGUCCGAUGAGGCCGAGAAGGAUGAACCUCGAUCGCAUAGAUCAGAGGGCGCCAGCUCUAGUGUCGAGUCUUUGACCCAGGAUGCCCUCGCUCAAGUCCCCAGCCAGCUGUCGUCCGUUGUGUUAUCGUACCGGACAAACGAAUGGGCGAAGCACAUUGCUGCUGCAGAUGUUCCGAUCUAUGACGAGCCGGAGACUAUCGACGGAGUUGACGAAGAGCCACCGACGCAUUUGGCUUCAUUUGAAGCGGACGCCAGACACGUCUUGCUUGCGAAAGAUCCGAAUGUCAAGAUACAGGCUGCAGGCAAUGCCAUGUCUCCAGUCAAAGCUGGUGUUGCCGGCGUUGGCAUCGCGUUUGGCCCAGGCAUCAAAGGGGGAUCUCUUUCCGAUCAGGAGAGGCGCAGAGGCGGUGGCCUAAUACCAUCGCGUUCAGGAUCAAUGCAGGGUCUGAGAGGCCCCAGCAACAGGAGCAGCCGAAACAGCUUGAUUCCCGAGCUGACGACCUCACUGAUCACGACACCGAUCGACGAGAACUCCCCCACCGAGUUUCCGCAUCCAGCAUCGAGCAAGCACCGCGCCUCUGCAAGCUUGCCAUACACCACACCUUUCCCAAGACGGGCAUCGGCUCCUCUUCCGAGCGUGAGCAGAAUGCGGCCUGGCACAGCGAAGGGCGGUGUCAGUGCCUACGAGGAAUCUAUCCAAGAAUCGUCACAGGUGGAUAGACCAGUGUGCCAAUCGAACGGCAUACCUGGUGCAAGCUCGGGCCUAGAUUUAGGCAGGGGCACCGGCACCAGGCCCGACUCCUACAACUCUCGACAACCGCCGCGCGCAGACAGUGGAAGCGACGUGGACCGACGCCAAUCGCUUCUGGCUGAGUGGCGAUUGUCACAGCAGUAUCGGGCGAUGAGCAAUGGGCUCACCGGAGCUGCUGCUGAAGCCGGACGAGCACAUAUGAGGGCCGAAAAGGAGAAUCAGAGACUAAUGGAGGAAUAUCAGCGCGUCGUACGGCGAGAGAAACAGUAUGCGAUAGACCAGGCCAUGCGACGGCCACAUAUGCAGCAGCUGCACCGUGAAGCCAUGCGCCGAAUGCAGGCGGGCGUCAACCACAAGCUGCGACCAUCGAGUGGCUGA